GUCGCCCAUGGAUUCAAGAUGGCGGACACGGUGUCCAGCGGCUCGGGCACGAGAUCAGGAAGCAAACACUCAACAACCCCGGCAGAUAACUAUUACUUGGCUCGGAGAAGGACUCUGCAGGUUGUGGUCAGCUCCUUGCUGACAGAGGCUGGGUUUGAGAGUGCCGAAAAGGCAGCAGUGGAAACCCUGACGGAGAUGUUACAGAGCUAUGUGUCAGAAAUCGGAAGGAGUGCCAAGUCCUACUGUGAGCACACAGCAAGAACUCAGCCAACCCUUUCGGAUAUUGUUGUUACCUUAGUCGAAAUGGGGUUCAAUGUAGAAACUCUCCCUGCAUAUGCCAAGCGCUCCCAGCGGAUGGUCAUCACUGCACCGCCUGUGACAAAUCAGCCCGUGACUCCCAAAGCCCUGACGGCUGGACAGAACAAACCCCAUCCAUCCCACAUCCCCGGCCAUUUUCCUGAGUUUCCUGAUCCUCACACCUACAUCAAAACUCCGACGUACCGGGAGCCAGUUUCAGAUUACCAGAUACUACGGGAAAAAGCAGCGUCGCAGAGGCGUGAUGUGGAAAGAGCUCUGACUCGCUUCAUGGCAAAGACGGGAGAGACGCAGAGUCUCUUCAAGGAUGAUGUCAGCACAUUCCCAUUGAUUGCUGCCAGGCCUUUCACAAUACCAUACCUGACUGCACUUCUCCCCUCUGAGCUGGAGAUGCAGCAGAUGGAGGAAACAGAUUCAUCCGAGCAAGAUGACCAGACGGACACGGAAAACCUACCCCUCCACAUGAGCACGGAUGAUUCGGGAGCUGAGAAAGAGAAUGCUUCAGUGCUACAGCAAAACGCAUCCCUGUCCGGCAGCCGCAAUGGAGAGGAGAGCCUAAUAGACAAUCCCUACCUCCGGCCAGUGAAAAAACCCAAGAUCCGCAGGAAGAAGUGAGCUGCAGCAAGCUGACUGCAUGGAGGAAGAGGAGGCCCGCUGGCUGUCCCAUGGAGGUUUCCUUUGCUGCUAUGAGUGGCGUAGGACAAAGAGGGGAGAUACUGCUGGUGGAGUGGCUGAAGCAGAGGGAUGACCUCCUGUACGUACCAAACUACACUCUUCCUCCCCCUUCCCCCCCAUCCCCCCACUGGCUUGGCAUGGUCAGUAGGGAAGGGGUAUGGAAACCACCAGUCCUCACACUGGAAUCAGCCCAUCUACUCCAGAGAAGACUGAGUUGCAGCUGUGACAUUUCUCCUCUUCAUGGGAUGGAUUUAUUCUGUAAGGAGGAGGCACACAGAAGGGUUUUCACUGCUUACCACUUCCCAGUAGACUGUGCAGAAAGCAAGAAUCUAUGUGCUUCCCCAGGCAGGUGGAGUCCUCGUCUAGACUCAAAGAAAGACUUGUCCAGUCCACUCUGCCUGUUUGCAUUGGUGUGCACAGGAUUCGCACCAUGGUCCCUUGUUAGCUCUGAUCUCUAUUUGAACCAGAGAUUGGCUUGAGCUGCUGCGCAGAGCUCCAUAUCUUAAACUUCCUUGGAGUUUGAGGUUGUCCAGAGCUAGUGGUCCUGCCAUGAAAUCCAGACCCAGAUCCAAACUUUCCCAAAGUUGCUGAAUAUUCAGAGUUGUUGGUGUUUUGGUUUGUGUAAAUCCCAUUGUUCAGGAGCAAUGGGCAGGGUUAUGCACGUGUAUCAGGGUCAUCAGGGAGACUGCCCAAGUACACCACUUAUUCUAGUGUUUAAAUGUGGAGGUGCAGAAAAUGUUCACGCUAUUUUUUAAAGUGCAUUUAUAGUCAGCCCUUCUUACUCAACAGAUCUGACAGAAUGGUUCCCUCUUAAUCAAUAGAUCAGCUUCUUGUGUGUCUUUGUCUUAUCGGUGCAUUUCUCUGGCAAAAGUCCAAGAUUUUUACACCUGGUAGCCAUAGUGUUGGAUUUCUCUCUGCUUUGCACAGCAUCAGCUAAAUUCACUUUGCAGAGGCUUUAUUCUUGAGGCGAGUAUACAGUAAGAGGCAGAAGAAUCCCUGGUGGGUUUUCAGUUCCCAAACUUUGUUUAUAAUGUUGGCAGUUUAAAAAAAACCCAAAACAAAUCAACUUUUAUCUGGUAAACUGAGUGCAUCUGGUGUGUCACUUAAGGGGAGAGGAAUACAUACAGAGCUCCAGAAUGCCAUUCUUUUCUGACUACAGCUGCACUUAAAAGCAGUAAGCAUGCUGUUUAUAUCGCUCCAGUUAGAGAAUAUUUUCCAGCUGUCUGAACGGCAAGAUCUAACAGCUGCUUCAGGCUCUCUUUCGAUUCUGUUUGGUUUCAGUGCAAUACAGGUCCCCUGAGAGUCUGCCAGCUGUUUGAAACCCACUGUGCUAUAGGUUUUGGAAUACGGAAUGAGAAUCAAUUGACGGACUGUCCUUAUGGCCAGUAUUAUGGUCCGUUUUCUCCUGCGGAAAUACAGGGCUUUUAUUCACUGGAAAGUCUCCUUUUCUUCAACAGUCAAAAAACACUGCUCGUUCUAGCAUGACCUAGGGGUGGUAUAAGUCUUCACUCAAGCCUGGAUCCUGAGGCCAUUACUUAACUUUCACUCAGCCUUUAUUCGGGCAAAACACUGGUUGACUUCAACAGUUUUCCUUGAGUAAGGAUGAGUAAAACCUGAGUAGAGAGACUCCAUACUGCAAAUGCCUGUGUAAAUACAUGGACCCAACCAGGGAUUGCCCCUAAUACCAAAUAGCUUUCUCUGACUGCUAGUGCUAAAUGAAAAGAUGCCUUCGUGAAAAUAUUCAGCAGUAGCAGAGAUUUCAUGGCAGAUGAAAACAUUGCACCCAUAGCGGUUGCAGAGGUCAGACUAUCAAUUGCAAAUGGCUCGACCGCUCCAGACUCCCUUAUUAAACACUAUUAUCAUUGGAAGCGGGGAAGGUUCUGCUCUCAAGCACGUGUAUACAAAUUUAGCUAACCCACUACCCCUCCUGAAAUUGGGCUGCCCGAGAAAGAAAAGUAGGCAGCAAGUUGAUGGUUUAAAGCAUUUUUUAAAUUAAUUUUUGGAAAAAUAGAAAUGAAACACUUUAGAGCUAUUGAAACUGAAGGCGAAAUCGAUCAGAUCUUUUUUUUCAAAAGGCAUAUGUGGAAAAGAUCCUGAGAUGAAAAGUAUCAAAAUCUCAUUCCUUUCCACCUCAGUAAACCAGCUCUUUAAGCUCUCUAUCUCUGCAAUGAAAUUGGGCGUGCUCAGCUUACUGCGCAUUUGGGCAAGGAACCAGAAGCCUAUGGGAAAUAUCAGUAUCUUGGUGCUCUACCUCCCUUUCUCUGUCCGUGCACACUGCGGUUUAUACAGUUGCCCUUUCACCUAUCACUCUCCAGCUACCCAGAAAUAAAUCCUUUUGUCUUCCAUUCUCUUCCCUCGGUACUAGCUGGUUUGAUGAUUCCUGGAACAAUUCAUCAUGCUGCCUCAUGAGACUGUGAUCAGGAAGCAAUGCCCCCUGCAGGCUGGCAGCAUUGCCCAGGUGAGAGGGUAGGGUGCUGUUCUCUUAUGCUUCAAUACUUUACCCACUGGAAGAAGUCUCAUUGACUUCCCAGCUGAAGGACAAGUGUGGCAUGGGCAGGUGCUAGGGGGGAGUAAUCACAACAUCCUCUUCACUCAAGCCAAUUCUUGUGCUGAGACCCUGCUUUCAGAAGGCAAGGGCUCUGCGUGCUGUGGCUGAGAUGAUGGAGUGAAGAAGUGUCCGUGCUUGGAUGUGCCUUGUUUUUCUGCUAGAAUCCUCCUCCCUUCAGAAAACAAUCUUGGCCAAAGCAGUAGCUGUUGUAGUUAAUGGUGAUGUCACAUCCCUCCCAUGUCUAAGCGGUUGAGGGUCAAAAGUGGUUGCUAAAGGGAGAUUCUAAAGGCAGGCUCCGGCUUUUGCAAUGUGUGGGUUUCAUUCUGUACCAUCCAAGUCAGUGGGAUAUUUGCCAUUGACUUCAUCAGGAGCAGAAUUGGGGCCUAAAUGCCACCAGUACCAGCAUGUAAAAUACCUUUUUCCCUGAGGUAGAAUUGUUCCAUUGAGGGAGACUCAGAAUCCAGCCAGAAGCUCUUAAACGUUAUCCCUAGCGAAAGAGCCCUGCACGUGCCAUUGUCAAGCCUGCCAGUGCAUUUGUUGUAUAGAAGAAUGUAUGUAUAUACAGACAUUGUAUAUUUAUAAAUUUAUAUUUUUGUUUGGUCAUUUUGGAUUAGGCUUUUUUGAUGAUAAAAACCUGAGUUGGACAAAAGUAGAGUGAAAAUAAUUAUUUUUAAGUUCAUAA